AUGUCUCAGAACAUCAGGACGUUCCUGUGUGCCUGUCAGGAGAAAUUCGGUAUGAAGAAGAACGAGCUUUUCGAGGCCUUUGACCUGUUUGACGUCCGGGACUUUGCGAAGGUGAUCGAUACACUGUCCAUCCUGUCACAAACACCGCUGGCCCUGCAGAGAGGAUUCCGGCCGUUUCCAGAUGAAGCGUGUGUCGGAGAUGAUGACAUCUACACCGGCCUUUCAGACCAGAUCGAUGACACGGUGGAGGAAGAUGAUGAUCUUUAUGACUGUGUGGAGGAAGACGAGAAUGAAGGAGAUGAUAUUUAUGAAGAUCUGAUGAGGACGGAGGAACCAGAAACACAGCAGAAGGUUGAAGUGGACAAGAGGAGCUGCUGUCUUCAGGAGCUCAGACAGACAGAGGAGAAAUACACAAACACACUGGAAUCAAUACUUCAGCACUUUCUGAAACCGCUGCAGCCUUUCCUGCAGCCUGUGGACAUCGAGAACAUCUUCAUCAAUAUUCAAGAUCUGGCCAAGACUCAUCGCUCUCUGCUUCACGAGCUGCAGGAGUCCAUGCUGCAUUCACGAGCCGAGAAUCUCCAUCAGAUCUUCAUCGACUACAAGGAGAGGCUGUUGCUGUACGGACGUUACUGCAGUCAGGUGGAAGCUGCCACCAAACACCUGGACAAAAUCACCAGCAUGCAUGAAGACGUGAAGAUGAAACUGGAGGAGUGCUCAAUGAGAGCCAACAGCGGCAGGUUUUCACUGCGAGAUCUGCUGAUGGUUCCCAUGCAGAGAGUCCUGAAGUAUCAUCUGCUGCUGCAGGAGCUUGUGAAACAUACGGUGGACCAACAAGAGAAAGAAAACUUGCGCACUGCACUGGAUGCCAUGAGGGAUCUGGCUCAGUGUGUGAACGAGGUGAAGCGAGACAAUGAGAUCAUCCGUCAGAUCACGACGUUUCAGCUGUGCAUCGAGAACAUGUCUCUGUCUCUGGCGUUAUACGGACGACCCAAAAUAGACGGGGAAUUCAAGAUCUGCAAUCUGGAGAAGAAAUCCAAACAGGACCGGUAUGGCUUUCUCUUCGAUAAGGCUCUGCUAGUGUGUAAGAAGCGCAGCGGCGAGAGUCUGGAGCUGAAGGAGCUGAUUGAGCUUCAGCAUUACCAGCUGAGAGACGAGCCGUCAGGAGAGAAGGACAGCAAGAAGUGGACGCACACCUUCCUGCUGAUGGAUCUGUACGGUCAGGGCGGCUACGAUCUCUUCUUUAAGACACGAGAGCUGAAGAAGAAGUGGCUGGAGCAGUUUGAGAUGGCGCUGUCCAACAUGUGUCCGGAGAACAGCACGGCUAACGGUCAUGACUUUCAGAUGCACUGUUUUGAGGACACCACCUCGUGUAAAGCCUGUCGGAUGCUCCUCAGGGGGAUCUUCUUUCAGGGCUACCGCUGCUCGCGCUGUAGGAUGGCUGCUCAUAAAGAGUGUCUGGGUCGAGUUCCUGCAUGCGGACGAAACUCUGAACUGUCAGGAACGCUCAAGAAGAAUAAAACGAUGAGGUUAACAUCUCAAAGACAGACCAAACCAGGUCUGCCGAAGAUGGAGGUGUGUGUGGAUUAUUACGGUCUCCCUCCGCCGCCGCUGGAGUUUGGUCAGCCGCUGCUGCUGUCUGUGGGAGACACGGUGGAGCUGACGCGAGCCGAGGUCGACCUGCAGUGGUGGGAGGGCAGGAAUCUGACCAUCGGAGAGGUCGGCUGGUUUCCCUGCAGUAAAGUUCAUCCGUUUGUGCCGGCGCCUCCUCCAGAUUUAACAGGACUGCCCUGGUUCGCUGGUAACAUGGACCGGGCCGGUGCUAAAACUCUGCUGAUGACUCGCUCCGACGGGACGUUUCUGGUGCGGCAGAAAGACGCUGGAGAAUUUGCCAUCAGCCUCAAGUUCAGCAUGGACACCAGACACAUAAAGGUCACAUACUCAGAGGGACUCUACAGGAUCAACGAGAAGAAAACCUUCAAGGGACUGCUUGUGAGUGAUUCAACACACACACACACACACACACCGUCUUAA